AUGAAUGAUAUAUCUGAUUCCGAAGAACCAAAUACUGUAUUCAUUGAUAAAAUACCAAUAGUAACGCAUGACGUAUGUACUCAAACUUUAGAUUCGUUGUCUAAUCCAGAAAUUAAACAACAUAUCAUUGAAAAUAGUCAUGGUAACUAUAUAAAUCAAUUAGAAGGUAGUAGUAGUAUAUUUCAACUUCUAAAUGAUUAUAAUAAUAAAUUUAAAGAUAAUGAUUUGCAUGAGUUUUCUGAUGAUGGUACAGAUUCUAUUGAUACGAAUGACGAUGUGGAAGAAAUAUAUGAAGCUCAGUGCAACGUAUUCGAUAAUGAUUUUGAAACUCAAGAACCACCAAAUGCUACUGAACUUUCAGUAAUGUUACUUUUUGUUUGGAGAAAGCAUUCUAUGAGUAAAGCUGCCGUGAAUGAUAUUUGUCGAAUUUUGAAUGCUUUCAAUGUUCCAAACAUGCCUAAAGAUUUUCGCGGGGUGAUGUCACACAUUAAAAAAAAUAAUCCUACAUUACUUCACGGUAAUCAAUCGUUUAUUUGUCCAUCGUGUUUCAAUAGAAGUUUAAAUGCUUCAAAAUGUAAUGUCAAGGGAUGUCAAUCUGCUUCAUCCUAUGUUCGUACUCCAACAUCAGUAUCUACUUUUCCUAUUUUACCUCAAAUUAUUGCAAUUCUUGAACGUGAAAAUCUUGCAUCAUUAACAUAUGAAUCUGAUCAAUGUCGUGACGUAAUGAACUCUCAACGUCAUUAUGAAAUAGUAAUGAAGGAAAAACAAACACAUCCAGGAAGAAAUAUAGUGACUCUUACACUUAAUUCUGAUGGUACGUUAAUUAAACGAUUAUCUCGUUCUUUAUGGAUCACAUGUGCUUGCAUAAAUGAAUUACCUCGACGCAAAAGGUUUGAAAUUAAUAAUAUAUUAAUAUGUUCUAUAUCAACAGGUGCUGAAAAACCAAAAAAAAAAGAAUACUCAACAAUAUUAAUUGAUAUCGUAAACGAGUUAAAAUUUCUUGAACACGUAGGUUUCGACAUUGUAUUGCCAUCUGAUAAAAAAGGCACUGCACAAAAUUAUACACAUUUUCAUGCCUUUACUAUAUCUGCUGUCUGUGAUAAACCAGCACAGUCUCUACUUAUGAACAUAAAAGAUCCAACUGGUUUUUUUAGCUGUGGGUGGUGUUGCAUCACAGGUAAAACUAGUUCUUCAGGUGCACGAUGUUUCAUUUCAAAUGAAAAAAUUCCGAUAAAGAUUCGUAACAAUGCAACAUAUGAUACAUUUAUGCAGCUUUUAGCUAGAAAUUAUGUGCCAAAAGAUCCUAUGAAAGAUAAAGCAUGUGGACAGUUAGGUUAUUGUGCGUUACGUGAACUAACUUAUUUUGAAAUCGGAGAAAGUUUCUGCUUCGAUUCUCUUCAUGGGUUAUAUGCUGGAACAUUUAGACGAGCUGUACCAACAUUCAUCAGUCCAAAUAUUGAAAUUCAUCUGGCUCAUCCAACAACUGUUAAAUUUCUACAUGUAGCCACAUAUCUCGAGACCACAUACGGCAAGGAACAAUUCACCCAUUAUUCACUAUGCUUUGUUAAAGGUGUAACUUUCAAGGUUCAUUGUCCAACAAAUAAACAAGUGGAUGAUUCGGCUUUGGUUUAUGUUGAUGAGUCCGACAAUAUUCAUCUUGGUGUAAUUGCAGGAAUUGUCAAACUCAAAGAUACUGGCAAUAUCUUAUUCAUUGUCGAUGAAGCAAAAAUUAUUGGUUAUGAUUCCUUUCUACUUAAUGGCACGGAAUACAUAAAUGAUUUCUUUAUUUUUGCAACAUUAAAAACUCCACGAACCACUGUUUCGAUUCACUAUGAUUCAAUCAGAGAAAAAGUUGCAUAUCGAUCAGAUGAAAAUCUCAAUUCUGUUUGGGAGUUCCAUCUAUUUCCAAAUCGUCUAGAAUCCACAUAA